AGAGCGCAGCUGAAUGGAGGCAGCCUCUUCCUGGUGGAUAAACAGUGACAGCUACAGGGCAGCCACCGAGACCCAGCGCACAGGCUCUGGCGCUGCCCUGGCAAACAACACCAAAAUGGCUUCAGACAGUGCACACACCGCGCAGUUGACUUCUGAGCUGUACUUCCUAAUAGCCCGGUUCCUAGAGGCUGGACCGUGUCAGAAAGCGGCCGAGACCCUGAUCAGGGAGGUGGAGGAGAAGGAGCUGCUGCCCAAAAGACUGGACUGGACGGGGCAGGAGCACCCCGGGACCUACGAAAAAUUGGUGAAGCUCAACCAACACAUCAGUCCAGAGCACCUGCUGCAGGUCUGCUCUCGAGUUUGUCCGCUGCUGGAGGGGGAGGUCCCUGCCAGCGUGCCCGGACUCAUCAGCCUUCUGGGAGCCGGCAGGCAGAAUCUGCUCCGCACCAGCAAGAGUUGCAAGCAUGUUGUGUGGAAGGGCUCAGCACUGGCUGCCCUUCACUGCGGACGACCACCGGAGCCGCCAAUUAUCUAUGGAAGCCCACCUAAUAUUGUGGAGACAAGCUUCAGCCGUCGACUAAACGGAUCCUACCGUCUCCGGCAGCUGUUGCCCACUGCCGUGUACCAGCACAUGAAGAUGCACAAGAGGAUCCUGGGACACCUGUCGUCCGUGUACUGUGUCACCUUCGACAGGACGGGACGACGCAUCUUCACGGGCUCAGACGACUGCCUUGUGAAGAUCUGGGGGACAGACAGCGGACGUCUGCUGGCGACGCUGCGUGGCCACGCCGCCGAGAUCUCCGACAUGGCCGUGAGCUACGAGAACACCAUGAUCGCCGCAGGUUCCUGUGACAAGACCAUCAGAGUGUGGUGCUUACAGACCUGUGCCCCUUUGGCCGUCCUGGAGGGACAUGCAGCAUCUAUCACCUCACUACAGUUCUCUCCUCUCUGUUGUGGCUCCAAGCGUUACCUGUCGUCCACCGGAGCUGACGGAACCAUCUGCUUCUGGCAGUGGGACGCGCGCACGCUCAAGUUCGGCCAGAGACCCAGUAAAUUCACGGAGCGCUCCAGGCCUGGUGUCCAGAUGAUCUGCUCCUCCUUCAGUGCAGGUGGGAUGUUCCUCUCCACAGGAAGCACGGAUCACAUCAUCAGGGUGUACUACUUUGGCUCAGGCCAGCCAGAGAAGAUCUCUGAACUUGAGUCGCAUACAGACAAAGUCGACAGCAUCCAGUUUUCACAUUGCAGUGACAGGUUUGUGAGCGGCAGCAGGGAUGGUACAGCACGAAUCUGGCAGCUGCAGCCUCAGGGCUGGAGAAGCAUUCUGCUGGACAUGCAGACCAAAUUACCCGGGAAGUACAACCCUCCUCCACUGGAAGACAAGGUGACCAAGCUGAAGGUCACCAUGGUAGCGUGGGAUCGCCACGACGGCACGGUGAUCACAGCAGCCAACAAUCUGACGCUGAAGGUGUGGAACUCCACAACGGGAAACCUGGUCCAUGUCCUUAUGGGUCACGAGGAUGAGGUGUUCGUUCUGGAGCCACACCCCUUUGAUCCCAGAAUCCUGUUCUCAGCGGGGCAUGAUGGGAACUGUAUUGUGUGGGACCUGGCCAAAGGGGCCAAGAUCCGGUCCUACUUCAACAUGAUUGAGGGCCAAGGACACGGGGCAUUGUUUGACUGUAAAUGUAGUCCAGAUGGGCAGCAUUUCGCAGCCACAGACUCCCAUGGACACCUGCUCAUCUUUGGCUUUGGCUCCAGCAGCAAGUACGACAAGAUCGCGGACCAGAUGUUCUUCCAUACCGACUAUCGGCCGUUGAUCCGAGACGCCAACAAUUACGUCCUGGAUGAGCAGACACAGCAGGCCCCACACUUAAUGCCCCCUCCCUUCCUGGUGGACGUAGAUGGAAACCCCCACCCCCCUAGAUACCAGCGGCUGGUGCCCGGCAGAGAGGGCUGCAGGAACGAACAUCUGAUCCCACAGAUGGGUGUCACUUCCUCAGGCCUGAACCAGGUGGUGAGCGAGCAGGCGGUGGAUGGUUCAAGUCCUCUGGACACGAUGAUUCAGAGGCUGCAGCAGGAACAAGACCAAAGACGGGGAACAAAUGAUGCCCCUGCUCCGGGUGCUGUGAACAGCAUGGCCAGUAGAGGAUCGGUGGGUUCGCCGAUGGAGGUGCACUCCCCACCCAACGUGGGUCUACGGCGCAGCGGCCAGAUCGAGGGUGUACGCCAGAUGCACAGCAACGCCCCGCGCAGCCAGAUGGCCACAGAGGGAGACCUGGUGGCCUGGAGCCGCAGGGUGCUGGUACCUGAGCUGGAGGACGCUUCUGUCGGGAGGCAGAUAACCUGGCGUGAGGCUAAAGGGGAGGAGGAAAUCAAUAUUUAUCAGUCAGAGAGGAGGAGACGCACCAUCCACUCUCUCCCCAAGGAGAGCAGGGUUCAUCCCACAUCUGAGUGUGUCGUAGACGAGGGGAGGAAGAGUCAGGGUAACCAUGGUUAUCAAACCCGUGCUGCCAUGGAGGAGACGAGUCGGCAGAGCGCUGAGGGCGCAGACGACGAUGACAGCACCUCAGAGGGAGAGGGUGAGGUACGUCAAAUCAACGGCCAUUCCUCAGAGGAGGAGAAGGAGGAGGAGCCAAAAGAGCCCUGGCCAGAUGACCACAGUAGUUCAAGCGACUACUCCAGCGAUUACUCGGACUGGACGGCAGAUGCGGGCAUCAACCUUGAACCGCCCAAGAAGAGCGUUAGGGUAAAAAAGAAGAGCAGCAGCUCUGAGGAGGACGGAGAGAAGAAGAGGGAUGGGAAGAAGGAGAGGAAGAAAGACAAACCAGACAAAGACGACGCGUUACCAAAGAAGAAGCAGCCAAAGGAAAAGAGAAAGAGGACUGAGUCCGAGGAGCAGGGCCUGACGCUGGAGGAGUGGCUUCCCUCUGCUUGGAUCACAGACACGGUCCCCCGGAGAUGUCCUUACAUACCCCAGAUGGGAGACGAGAUAUACUACUUCCGACAGGGACAUGAAGCCUAUGUGGAGAUGGCCAAACAGAAGAAGAUUUACAGCAUCAAUCCUAAGAAGCAGGCGUGGCAUAAGAUGGAGCUUCGGGAGCAGGAGUUGAUGAAGAUAGUUGGCAUCAAGUACGAGGUUGGCCUACCCACACUGUGCUGUCUUAAACUUUCCUUCCUGGACCCUGACACCGGCAAACUCACCGGAGGAUCCUUCUCAUUGAAAUACCACGACAUGCCUGAUGUAAUCGACUUCCUGGUGUUGCGGCCGCAGUAUGACAAUGCCAGAAAUAGACAGUGGAGUAUAGCUAAACAUCCCUGUGAUGUCUGUGUAGGUGACAGGUUUCGGUCAGUGAUAGAUGAUGCCUGGUGGUUUGGGACCAUUGAGAGCCAGGAGCCCUACCAGACCCAGUAUCCUGACAGCCUGUUCCAGUGCUAUAAUGUCUGCUGGGACAAUGGAGACACGGAGAAGAUGAGUCCCUGGGAUAUGGAGAUGAUCCCUGAUGACGCCACGUUCCCCGACGAGUUGGGCCUGAGCGUCCCCCUGGUAGAAGACGAGCAGAAGGAGCUGCUUUACGUCCCUAUGGAAGGAGAAUGGGGCUCACACACACGCAUAGAGGAGUGUGAACGCAUCAUCAAAGCCAUCGACCAGCUCUGCACGCUCGAUGUAGCGGCGCCAUUUGCCUUUCCAGUGGACCACCAGGCCUACCCCACGUACUGCACAGUAGUGGCCUAUGUCACUGACCUCAGCACUAUGCGCGAAAGGCUGGUGAACCGCUUCUACAGGCGACUCUCCUCUCUGAUGUGGGAGGUUCGUUACAUUGAACACAACGCGCAAACCUUCAACGAGCCUGGAUCCUUCAUCGUCACUACCGCCAAGUUCGUCUCUGACCUCAUGCUGCAAUUUAUUAAGGAUCAAAGUCUGACCGACCUCAUGCCCCUGUACAGAACUAUGAAGAAGGCAACUUUCUCUGACUCUGAAGACGAGGAUGAGGAGGAGGAGGAUGAAGAUUCUAAUACUCCUGGAACGUCCACACGAAACUAUAAGGGACGUCCACCGAUGCAGCGCCGACUGCGAACCCGACCUCCUUCCUACGACCCUCAUGCAUGGAGGGGGCGCUGUAAGGAGCUGCUGGACCUGCUCUUUCAGUGUGAAGACUCGGAGCCCUUCAGAGAACCAGUCGACCUACAGGAAUACCCGGAUUACCUGCAAAUAGUUGAGUCUCCAAUGGACUUCGGAACCGUAAUCAACACGCUAUCAGAAGGAAAGUACCAGUCUCCCAUCCAGCUCUGCAAAGACGUGCGGCUCAUUUUCAGCAAUUCCAAAGCGUAUACGCCCAGUAAGAAGUCACGGAUCUACAGCAUGAGUCUGAGGCUUUCUGCUCUGUUUGAGGAGCAUGUCAGCUCCAUCUUGGCCGACUACAAGGCCAUCCACGGCCUGACAGGAAAACUGACCAGACAGGGCACGGACAGACAGACGCGACACACGACAGACAGACAGACGAGGCACGUCAUGAAGAGGAGGAGGAGGAGCGAGUCUCCCACAAGCAGCACUGCAUCCAGCCCAGAAAGGAAGAGACGUGUAUCGUCUAGGGUGACGGCAAAAAGGGAGCCGUCACCACCUCCACCACGCAGCUCCUCCCUGAGACAGAGCGUUCCACAGAAGCAGCCGCCCCAGCUGGUCAACGGGAAGCCGGAUACACAGGCUGCCGGGCGAACACGCAGCGCAGCACGCCAUUCUCCGCCCGCUGCCUCCUCAUCGCAUAAUUCCACGAGCAACAAAACAGAGUCAACGCGUUCGCUGAGGACUCACCACUCCGUGUCAGCUUCAACGCCACCGGUCUCUGAAAAGGCGACUCCCACUCCAGCUGCAGAAGGUAGCAUUGGAGGAAGCACCCGGCGGAAACUCAGGACACCUGUACGACACACGCCUGGCUCUAUUGUCAGCCCUUCAUCUCAGAACACAACCCACCUGAAUGGUCACAGUAGUCAUGUGACCCUUGGCAUGGGGAAGAGAGGGCGGAAGUCCAGAAUAGACCCACCGGUGAGUCCUCCAGAGGUCACAACUCCGGCGAGCCCCUCUAGACCUCAAGAUCGCUCCCCUGGCAAGAAGCGAGGCCGGAAGAGCAAGCAGGAGCUGGAGGAGAUGAGAAAGAGCAGUAACCGCAGGAGCUCCACCCCCGAUGAGGAGCUCGACAACUCCACAGAAGACGAAGGCGGGGCCUCUUCUGCACAGGAAACAUCUGUGGUGUCAGACUCUGGCGUGCCAUCGGCGCCUAGACGGCGCGGCCGUCCCCGAUUGGUACGAACUGAUGGAUCAACUCCUCCCACAGAGUCACCGGAGCCCUCACCACUGAGGAGGAGCAGCAGAAGAGCCAAUGAGGAGGUGACCGCUCCUCCACAGACCGCCCCUCAACGAUCCAAUCGCAGGGAGUCUCCAAAGGAGGAGGAAGGUGAUGGUGAUGGUGAAGGCGGGUCCAUGCGCACACGUAACCAGGGGCGGCGGUCAGCCUUUUACAUGGAGGAGGACUCUGAGGAGGAGCAGAGGCAGCUGCUGUUUGAGGACUCGUCGAUCACCUUCGGCACCUCCUCGAAGGGACGCGUCCGCAAGCUGACAGAGAAGGCCAAAGCCAACCUGAUUGGCUGGUAACAGAACACACAUGCAGGAUGUGAGGAGGAGGCCGACUGCCAUGACGUCUUUGCAGUUGAUGAGUAGGGGGCUAUCUAGGAAGUCACGUUGCUGUUGUAUGCAUUUCUGUGCACGUACGUGUGUGUGUGUAUCUGAACGGCCACUGGCUCAGCUGCUGCUAUUUGAAGCUGUGACUCGGAGAGACACAACAGCACAGUGGUCUGUCCAAUUCUACUUCCUCUCAGCCCAGUGAGCACAUCGUUAUGGCAACCAGUUGCUUUCAGCAUGUUCUUCUGGUCGAGCUCCUCUGACGUUACUGGUCCAUGUUGGAUCUGAUAAGACGCUCGUCGACUCCCGUGUCGGUGGAGCUGUGACCUGCCUCUGUCCAGUGAUCGACUCUUUGCCCCGGUCUCACCUGAAACACUUGUGGGUGUAACGGACUGGACGGAGUUUAGUACUUGAAAAGGUCUCGAAGCGAUGGAUGCGUCUCGUCUCUUUACUAUUUCAGAGAAACUUUUCAAGUGUCUCAGCCAGGAGGAAAAAAAGUCGCCUGCUGAAUUCAAAUUGUUCGGUCUGUGAUGGACGACAGACCGAGCACCGGCUGACAACAUCUUUCGGCCCUGUCAUCAUUGUUCCUGUUCUUUUUUUUCUUUUAUACAACCCUUUCUUGGCUUUUUCUAAGAUUUGUACGUAACGAUCGGCUCUCUGUUUUGGAAGUCUUACACAUCGGCUGACCUGAGCGUGUCUGUCUGUGCUAAAAUACCAAAUGGUGUACCUGCAUAGGUACUGUAGAUCCGCAGGCUCUGUUUACUAUUGGGGUGUGUGUGUGUGAGUCUUGUUUUGCAUGUUAGAAAGAGGAGGCAUCACUUUUUUUCCCAGAAGCUGUUUUUACUGUGAGGAGGUGAAUAAGGAUGCAAGGGUGAAAGGGUUCAUUUUAGAUCACGUUUCAAUGCGUCCUCAACAUUAGCAAUACCUUGUGCCUUUAUGUCUUUGGAGUGUGUGCGUGCGUGUGUGCGUGUGUGUAUGAGCGUGCUUGGCCUCUGACCUGCAAAGUACAUGUCCCUGUAUGUGUGUGAACCUAUGGUGUGUGCGCAACUGAAGGAGUGUGUGUUUCUAUAACACAACUGAGUGUGUCACUUCCACCUUCAGUGUACAAACAGUGGCAUACAAUUUGAUCGUUGUGAAACCUCUCAAAGAAAAUGUAUAGCAGUUUGAAAAAAAAGAAGACUUUACUCUUGUUGUGAACAUACCAUUAUUCAUGUCAGUAUAUUAUCCUAUAACCAACCUAUUGUCAGUUUAUACCUAAGGUACAGUGAGCGGAGCUUUGGGUGACUAGCUUUGAGAUGCACUUACCACAGAGCGGUUAUCAAUGCAGUCAUAGGGAGUGAGUAACCCUGUGUAUUUUAAAACUGUUAACAUAUAAAAAAUAACUUUUUAAAAGGUUGAUAUGUCUCUAUGGUGAUCACACACGUGCGUGCACACACACACACACACAUACACACACACACACACACAAUUAUGUCUCGCAUGUUUUAGCACUUUCUCAUCAACUGGAUGGAGCCAGAUCGAACCGAUGUGGACUGAAUUUGGAUGGAAAGAGAGAGAGAAAGAGAGAGAGAAAGACAAGUCUUGCAUCUUUCUGAUGGUGUGCCUUCGCUACUCUGGCAUAAUAUCCUCGCUUUCUCCUUUUUGGGGCCUUUUUGUCUUUGCUUUCGUAAUUCUCUCCCCCCCCCCGGACUUCCCGGUUCCGCUCGUUGCCGGGUUCAGUGAAUCACACUGGACCUGCAGGCAGGUGUAGGAGGCGGAGGAAAGUCAGAAAAAUGAACAGUCAUACAGGAGACAAACAUAUUAUGUCUCUCUCUCUCUCUCUGUGGACACUGAAUGGACUGAAUUUCUACAGAUGGCUUCAUCUGCUCCACUUGUAACAUAAUUUCUGUUUCCUCCCCAGCACAGAACAAGUGAAUGCUGAAAUGUGACACUUGUGGGGGUUGACUGGGGGAAACUUGGUGGUAGCAUCUCCACACAUCUGAUUCAUUUCACGUCUUCCCUGUCACAUAUUAUUCAACGUAUAUCUCAUCUGCUUAUCAUUGUUUCUGUUGAUGCCAAAUUCUGUGUUUGGGCACUGAACUUUUAGAACAAGGCUUUUGAAUGUUUUUAGUUUAACUGUCUCUACUGUGAUUGUGUCGAGCUCGUGUGUCAAAGGUUUCUUCGACUGUGUCCACUCCAUAGAGGACAAUGUUGAAGUGGCUGGAUCUGUGGAUUGAUACCGCUGGACUGGUUGUUCUACACUCUGCAGCAAUUAUCUGACGUUCAAAACUUACAUUUUAUUAUUUUCCGGUCACGUUUCACUGACACUUUGUUUAUAUUGUGUAUAUGAAGAGCUUUAUUCCAUGACCUACAACGGAGACAUUGUCUCCCAUGACUCUUUACAUCAAAGUUAAUGUUAUUAUUGUUUUUGUUUUUUUGUUUUUUAAUUUAGGAAGCUAAUCAAUUUGCCCAUAAAAGUAUUUCCUUUGUGGGCAGUAAUUUUGUUGAUUUUAAGUGUUCGUUAAUGACUGUCAUCAUAAAAUCGAUCUAUUGUCUCCUCAUAGGUAAAUAAGAUAUAUGCAGAAUUUAUCAUGAUGAUUAGAGUUUGGAACAAAAUUUUCUACACAGGCUUCUCAAAGCUGAAAUAUGAGCUCACUUGUAAACAUGUUUACAUGCGCAGGUCUGCAGUUUAUAAACACAGCUCAUGAGAAUCCCAGAUGUUUGAGGAUAUUGACAAGUAUCUAGACAUUAAGUAAUUAGCCAUGAUUUGUUUUGGCUUUGGCCUGCUAUGUAAGAAAAUGUAUCCCAUGUUAAUAAUGAGAUAAGGAGGGAUGAGCAGUAUUUAUCUGCUAAAUCCCAAUGAAAUUCAGUCAAAUUAUGAAAGAGUUCAUCAUAUGAAAAUGGACAUUGUACUUUUUUAGUCUACUGCCGUCUGCUCCUUUGAAUCAAAGCGCCCACAUUGCCUGUAUUUUUUGAAAAGUAAAACUAAAAGAGCUGAUUGAGUGUUGCUGGUCAGGUGACCUGAACCAUGUUAGUGAUUAUGUAAAACCUCUAAUCAUUACAAAGGGGCCUUAAAAUCAAGUUCCUGGUUAUUAGCCAGAAAUGUUUUAUUAAUUUAUUCUUAUGCUCUCAGACACACAUGUAGUCUGUAGUCCUUCACAGAGUGGACCUCAUUAAGUUUUGGUGUCAGUGUUUUCAACCUUGACUUAGCUCCUCAGAUCAGCUCUCUUACUUUUACCAGACCCCCCCCCAGCUGUGUUUUGAUGCUAAUGUACACAUGCAUCCAUUCACCUCGGGCCUAUGCUAAAUGUGUGGCAGAGUUGUGCAGUUUCUGGCCUCUGACCAAGCCCCAGAGUCUUAGGUCAGAGGUUAAAGGUUAUAGUGUGUGUGCAUAUGUGUGUGUGUGUGUGUGUGUGUGUAUGAAGUGGUUGCAUGUGAGCCACUGGGAAGCAUUUUUGGGACGUUUUUUUAAGUUUUAAAGGGACGUGGGCUGGAAAAGAAGAGAACAGGAAGGGAAGGGGUCUAUUUCACACAAACUGAGUGACCAGGAUGUCUUUGUCAGUUUGGAUACUUUUUAUAUAUAAAAGAAUUCAUGCAAAAAAGAAGCAUAAAGCUAGAAUGUAUGUGUAGGAGAGUACUGCUGUCCUGUUAGUUAAUACCAAUAUUUUAAGUAAAUAAAAAGUUGUGUUUCCAUA